AUGCGCACCCAUGCCGAGGACAAGCCGUAUAAAUGCGAUCAAUGCGUACGCAGCUAUGCGUCCUUCGAUCAUCUGCGUCGCCACAAAGUGACGCACACCGGGGAGCGGCCAUGUAACAUCUGUGAACGCUUCUAUCUGACCACCUCUAGCCUGGCGGCACACAUGCGCACCCAUGCCGAGGACAAGCCGUAUAAAUGCGAUCAAUGCGGACGCAGCUAUGCGGCCUUCGAUCAUCUGCGUCGCCACAAAGUGACGCACACCGGGGAGCGGCCGUAUGCGCUAUGCGGCCUUCGAUCAUCUGCGUCGCCACAAAGUGACGCACACCGGGAGCGGCCGUAUGCGGUCCGGCAACAUAAAAUCAGUCAUUCGGGCGAAAAGCCCUUCAAGUGCGACAAAUGCAUGAAGGCAUUCCCAACCAAGAAAGGCCUCAGUAUCCAUAUGCGUGUCCAUAAUAAGGAGGCGCCCGUCACUGCCACCAUCAUCAGCAGCGUCGGCGGCGGCGGCACAACCAAUAGCUCAGCACAGUCCCAAUCGCAAGAUCAGUGUAACAUCUGUGAACGCUUCUAUCUGACCACCUCUAGCCUGGCGGCACACAUGCGCACCCAUGCUCAGCACAGUCCCAAUCGCAAUUGUCGCCGUCGCAGCAACAGCAAUCGGAACGGCGCUAGCCUGGCGGGACACAUGCGCACCCAUGCCGAGGACAAGCCGUAUAAAUGCGAUCAAUGCGGACGCCGCUAUGCGGCCUUCGAUCAUCUGCGUCGCCACAAAGUGACGCACACCGGGGAGCGGCCGUAUGCGGUCCGGCAACAUAAAAUCAGUCAUUCGGGCGAAAAGCCCUUCAAGUGCGACAAAUGCAUGAAGGCAUUCCCAACCAAGAAAGGCCUCAGUAUCCAUAUGCGUGUCCAUAAUAAGGAGGCGCCCGUCACUGCCACCAUCAUCAGCAGCGUCAGCGGCGGCGGCACAACCAAUAGCUCAGCACAGUCCCAAUCGCAAGAUCAGUGUAACAUCUGUGAACGCUUCUAUCUGACCACCUCUAGCCUGGCGGCACACAUGCGCACCCAUGCUCAGCACAGUCCCAAUCGCAAUUGUCGCCGUCGCAGCAACAGCAAUCGGAACGGUUAA